CAGUUUUGGAAUGCUGGCAAACGCGUUAGUACGUUUCUGCCAAACAUAUGAUUUAUAAAAACAGAAUUUAAUUUUGACGUAAAACGAAAGUUAAAGGAAAAAAACAAAGCAGACAUGGGCGCCAUUCUUACUAUAAUCUUUUUCACCACAUUUUGGGCGGCUGUGGCUCGUGUGGGACCCCGUAUGAUGUCCAAGGCACCGCAACAGGAUCUUGUACGCUGUUGUUUUCUGCUGGCUGCCGUCUGUUGUUGGCUGUUUUGGUUCUGUUGCUAUUUAGCUCAGUUAAACCCCCUAAUAGGGCCCAAACUAAACCAAAACACGGUCAAAAUCAUUGCCAAGUCAUGGGACAAUCCCUUGGUGGGGUGAUAACUGGAAAAUAGGAAGGAUGAAGGCGAUCAUGAUAUCCACGUAGUUAAUCUCCCCCGGCGGCACUCUUCUCCGGCGGGUGCAGCCGUGGCCACAUCACUCAGCCGGAAACCUCCACAGUAUAUACACAUGGAUGUCUAGAUGGAACCAAUUUCUGUACCCUCAACGUAAUAGCAAUGUACCUUAACCAGUCGGGAAUAUUCCGGAUUCGUUAUUUAUAUACAUUAGCCUAUAAUGAGCAACUAACCCACACUUAACUCCCACUUUAAAAAUAAGAUUGAUGAUUAUUGUAAUAUUAAAUUGUUAAUCGGAAUUGUACUGUAUACACCAUAAACUUUUGCUUAUCAGCUGCUAUACUCAGCGGGCAUCAGUUUCGGUACUUACAAAUUUACAAACACAAAAUGUCAACCUUUACUUCCACUAUUGUAGUUAAUUUUACUAAUCAAUUAUUGUAUUUGUGAUUUAGUUACUUGCAAAUAUAGACGAAUUUACAUUAUUUAA